UCCUUACCCAAUAUUAUAAUUAGACAGCUAGCUAGUGUUGGAGGGUCUAUUUAGCUGCCUAUCUGUACAGCUACUACCUUCUCUACUGUACUCUGAGGAGGGGUGAAUGGUCAAUGACUACUACAAGAUUUACUACUGUGACUACUUGAAAACUGAGCUGAAAAUACCAGUACAAUACUAGACAGCUAGAAAAUACAUCCAAAUAGAAGGGAUUGAAGUCUACAUUGAUUCUACUACACCAAGAAGCUUCAACUGGCCUACAAUAAGACCUACACUAACAGCAAUAUCCAUAAAUCUACUUCUCAGUGGCAGAAGCGACCCACAAACACGUUGUUGUGGUAGAUCUGAUAUCCUGUUCUGCAUGCUGCAUCCGAGCCCCUCCCACGCUGUAAAAUGAGCUUUCCAGUACUUCGUUUUUUCUGUGGUGCCUUCAAAAACACCUCCAGAGCUAGAGUUACAAGCAGCAGAGCUGCUAUUACCAACUACACUACUUGUCAAAGCUGCAAAAUGUCAGGACCUUCCACCUACCCUCUGACAGAACAUUUUCCAUUGGCUAUGUCUAUGAGACCGAAUUAUCAGAUCUCUUCAUAUCACAGCAGCCCUGUGAAGCUCAUGGAAAACAAGACAACUUUAUAUAAUGCAAAUAAGAAGAAGUUUCGACUCACAGUGGAUACAGUGAAUGAGCAUCUGAGGAAGAUGGAGUACGCAGUGAGAGGAGUGGUGCCAACCAAGGCUGGGGAAAUUGAGGCCGCUAUCAAAAAUGGCGAUAAGUCGUAUCCAUUUGACCGAGUUCUCUUCUGCAAUAUUGGAGAUUGCCAUGCGAUGGGUCAGAAGCCCAUCACGUUCAUACGUCAGCUGCUGGCCGCCUGUACGAACCCUACGGACCUGCUAGAGAGCGGGAUAUACCCGAGUGACGUUGUGGAGAGGGCCAAGGAUAUACUGUCUCACUGCAAAGGUUACAGCAUAGGUUCCUACUCUGACUCGAGAGGUAUCACUGUCAUUCGUGAGCAUGUCGCUGAGUUCAUCUCAGAACAAGAUGGACAUCCGUGCACUUCUGAGAAUGUGUUUCUGGUCAACGGAGCUAGCGACGGGAUCAAGCAGAUGUUAUACAUCACCCAGGGCAACCAGACUCGGACCGGCGUUAUGAUACCACAGCCACAGUAUCCACUGUACACAGCCGCCCUCGCUGAGCUGGACGCUGAACCUAUCUUCUACUUUCUGAACGAGGAAAAGGGGUGGGGCAUCGACAUUGACAAUCUGCGACCGAGUAUCAAGGCAGCCAGGAGUGUCAGUGAACCACGAGUCAUGGUCGUCAUCAACCCUGGCAACCCCACCGGGUCGUAUCUGUCUCGAGACAAUAUCGAGGAUAUCAUAAAGUUCUGCCAUGAACAAGGUCUGGUGCUGUUCACUGAUCAAGUGUACCAGGAGAACAUUCACGAGAAAGGGGUGGAGUUCUACUCGUUCCGUAAGGUACUCAUGGACAUGCCCGCCUCGUAUCACGACCUACAGCUGGUCUCCUUCAACUCAACCUCAAAAGGAUUUCUCGGAGAGUGUGGUAUUCGUGGUGGAUACAUGCACAUGAUGAACAUGGACAAGGAGGUCAUGAAGCAGAUCUACAAACAUUCUAGCAUUGGCCUCUGUCCAAACACUCCAGGGCAGAUAGCAACGGAUGCCCUAGUGAGACGACCACAACCUGGUGACCCUUCGUACAAACUAUACGAGCAAGAGUUCACUGAGAUCACAGGCAGCUUGGAGAGGAAGGCGGUGCUGGUCCACAAGAGGCUCAACCAGAUACCCGGGGUCUCAUGUAACGAGGUGUUGGGAGCUAUGUACGCCUUUCCUAAAGUGGUGAUACCGGAGGAGGCGUGGGCGGACUGUAGAGCUGAGGACCCGGACAUGUCACUGGACACCUACUACUGUCUGGAGUUCCUGCGGCAGAAGGGAGUGUGUAUAGUGCCAGGGAGUGGCUUCGGGCAAAAAGAGGGCACCUGGCACUUCAGGACCACUAUUUUGCCAUCAGAGGAAGAUCUAAAGCUGAUGUUGGACGCCUUCGAAGAUUUCCACUUCAACUUUUUGAGGAAAUACGGCAAAAACGUAUAGUUUAGCCAUGCACAGUUUUGUCAAUUUCAUGUCAGGUACGUAACUAUAGCAACGCUCACCUACUCUCUGUGUUUAUUUAUAAUAAAGUACGUUAUUAUUAUAGGAUGCGAUGCAUUAUUUUUAACAUUAUUUUUGUGCAUUUACACAGCAUAUUUAUUCCAAUGCAACCA